ACGUGGAUGAAUGCGCUUCAGAUUCUCACCAGUGUAACCCCACCCAGAUCUGCAUAAAUACUGAGGGGGGUUAUACCUGUUCCUGCACUGAAGGCUACUGGCUGUUAGAAGGCCAGUGUUUAGAUAUAGAUGAAUGUCGCUACGGCUACUGCCAGCAGCUGUGUGCCAAUGUGCCUGGUUCCUACUCCUGUACGUGCAACCCAGGUUUCACCCUUAAUGAUGACGGAAGAUCGUGCCAAGAUGUGAACGAAUGUACGAGUGACAACCCUUGCACUCAGACCUGCGUCAAUACCUACGGCUCUUUUCUCUGCCGCUGCGAGCCUGGCUACGAACUGGAAGCUGAUGGAGUUAACUGCAGUGACAUGGAUGAAUGCAGCUUCUCAGAGUUCCUCUGCCAGCAUGAAUGUGUGAACGGGCCUGGUUCUUACUACUGUAUCUGUCCUUCAGGUUAUAACUUGCUUGAUGAUAACAGAAGCUGCCAAGAUAUCAAUGAAUGUGAAAUCAGAAACUUCACCUGCACUCCGCAGCAAACGUGUUUCAAUAUCCCAGGAGAAUAUAAAUGCUUAGACCCAGUAAGAUGUGAGGAUCCUUAUAUUCAGAUUAAUGAGAACCGCUGCAUGUGUCCAGCUGAAAAUGCCGGGUGCAGGGAUCAGCCAUUCACUGUCCUGUACAGAGUGAUGGAGAUGGUCUCCGGCCGGUCGGUGCCUUCCGACAUUUUUCAGAUGCAAGCAACAACUCGCUACCCUGGAGCCUAUUACAUUUUCCAAAUCAAAUCUGGGAACGAGGGCAGGGAAUUCUACAUGCGGCAAACGGGACCGAUCAGUGCUACUCUGGUGAUGACCCGCCCUGUGAAGGGGCCCCGUACUAUUCAGUUGGACUUGGAAAUGAUCACCGUUAACACCGUCAUCAACUUCAGAGGAAGCUCUGUCAUCCGGCUGAGGAUAUACGUGUCACAAUACUCCUUCUAAACCUUGAAUUUGUGCCCUGAAAACAUUAAACCGAAAGAGACAGUUCCUCCUCUGCAGAACUCCCUCCUCAGAAGCCAGUACAUAUAGCAGCUCCAAACCAAAGCAGUAUUUCCACAGAUCCAGUGACCUAAGUCUGUCUGAGGAGGGAGGCCUCUUCAUGCACAGUCCCAGGAUGCAGACAUCUCAAAGUGUAUUGUCAGCAGAUCCCAUACGAUUCUCUAUGUGACCAUAUAUUUUAAGGACUUUUCUUUCCAUUGUAAACACUUCUACGGCAUGAGUCUAUGUUUGAAAGACUGUGAACCUUUGUAGCUCCAAGGCUGCUUAGCAUAAAGCACCAAAGAAACUGAGGAAAAAGCUGGCUUUUGCAAUCUUGCCUUUUUUUUUUUUUUUCCCAUUAUAAAUGAAAAGCAGACAAAGAGAAACAAAAAGCCACCUGUUGAAACAAGGGAUCUCAGAAAUGCUAGCCUACAUUCCCAGUUAUCUCUGGAAUUAUCAGUCAGGCACUUUGUCUCCAUUCACCCUGCAUUUGUCUUAGUUUCACCUGUUUUUUCUUCGAUUCUGUUUUAUAGUUAAAAAUUAAUUGUAAAUUCAUUCCAGCAUACAUUUUGUACUAUGUAAUCUCCUACUUUCUAACAAAUUGUCACAUGUUCGGGUUCCUUCCUGUAUUAAAUCUUUCUGUAUAAUAGAAUUAACAGAAAUC